GCACCUUCUGUCACUUCCGUGCCACCGCGCGUGAAGUGUAGAUCGGUGGGAGAAGGUAGUUGUUUGUUUGGGGUAUGGAAACAAGGCAUGUACUAACAUUCCUCGAUAAACAGACGCUUGGUGUGUGAGUUCUGUGUUGAUAUAAGAUACUACUCUGCAUUCAUUGGAAUACGUCGUUAGUGUUCACUGGAAGUGUGGUAUCGUGGCGGUAGCAUCAGCAACCACGUCAGCCUUCAGCCGCGUCUGAGGCGCCUGCGUCACACGUGAUGUUGUUUCGCCCACUUCGUACAACGGCACUGGUGCGUCUGAAACACUGAUCGCUGGGCUACGACGACAAGCAUCACAGCGUUAGGCGUACAGGGAAGGCAAGAUACUUCUCAUUGAUGUCCGAUAACCGUGCUGUGCUGGAUGUCUCUCUCUCUUCGGUAGCCGCAGAGUGGCCUCUCUAACGGUGUGUUGCCGGCUGCGUGUGUUGCAGGGGCCGUGAGAUAGAGGGCAUGGGCCGCGGCUGGGCUCGCAAGCUGGCGCUGUGUGCGGCCGUAUUCACCGGCCUGCUCUGGCUGCUCUACGGCGCCGUCUCGCCCUGUGUUGACGACCACUCGCCGCUCAUGGUGCCCAAGCAGAAGUACGUGGUGGGCUCGGACCGGCGCGUGUACCCGUACGACCGCGAGAUGCCGCUCAUCUUCAUCGGCGGCGUCCCCCGCUCGGGCACCACGCUCAUGAGGGCCAUGCUGGACGCACACCCCGAGGUCAGGUGCGGCCAGGAGACGCGCGUGAUCCCCCGCAUCCUGCAGAUGCGCUCCCACUGGCUCAAGUCGCAGAAGGAGAGCGUCAGGCUGGAGGAGGCCGGACUCUCUAAAGAGGUGCUGGACUCUGCGAUCGCGGCGUUCUGCCUGGAGAUCAUCGCCCGGCACGGCGACCCGGCGCCGCGGCUCUGCAACAAGGACCCGCUGACGCUCAAGUCGGCCGCCUACCUGUCGGAGCUCUUCCCCAACGCCAAGUUCAUCUUCAUGCUGCGCGACGGCCGCGCCACCGUGCACUCCAUCAUCUCCAGGAAGGUGACGAUAACGGGCUUCGACCUGACGAGCUACCGGCAGUGCCUGGGCAAGUGGAACUCGGCGGUUCACGUGAUGCACGGCCAGUGCCGAGAGGUGGGGCCGUCGCGCUGCCUCAUGGUGCCGUACGAGCAGCUGGUGCUGCACCCUCGCCAGUGGAUGGCGCGCGUGCUCAAGUUCCUCGACGUGCCCUGGAACGAGUCCGUGCUGCACCACGAGGAGCUCAUCAACAAGCCGGGCGGCGUCUCCCUCUCCAAGGUGGAGCGGUCAUCCGACCAGGUGAUCAAGCCGGUGAACCUGGAGGCGCUGACCAAGUGGGUGGGCCAGAUCCCGGAGGACGUGGUGCGCGACAUGGCGGAGAUCGCGCCCAUGCUGUCGGUGCUGGGCUACGACCCGUACGCCAACCCGCCCGCCUACGGCAGCCCCGACGCCGCCGUCGCCGACAACACGAACCGCAUCCGCGCCGACGGCCGGCUCUGGGAGGACCGGGCGCGCUCGCUCCUCAGCCCGCAGCGCUCGUUCCACGCCCCCGCAGACGUGGACGACGCGGGGCCCGCCCCCGCCGGCGCCGCCUCCGAGCCGCCCCCGGCGCCCGCCGCCCCCGCGCCGGCGCCCGCGCACGCUUCGUGAUGAACGCCGGUCACUCGGCACCGGACAGCCCGGCCUACCUGUCACAGAUCUCUCAACUCGUGUGCGUUAGUGGAAAGCUCUUCCAGAAGACCGUAAUGAAGUUGUGUCGCCCCAGUUGUAGCCACGUUCUAUACGCCACCCAUCACAUGUCUUCGGAAGUUCCCUUGAAUGUGGACGAAACGCGGGACUGUGUUCUGUGAAUGAGACGAAGCUACCUGCUAUUUUUCUGCACGUGCCAAGAGGUGUCUUGGAGACUUCUCGUACCCGUGACACUUUGACCGUCGACAUCUUUUCGUUUAUUUGGAUUUAGUUUCGAACGUUUCGUUAUAGUUGCAAGCAUUAACUGGUUUGUUUCGUUUUGUUCAUGACUAGAAAUACUAAAAAUAGUCUCUGUAUAACAUACAUGUCACAAUUUGUUUUUUUGACUGAUUUAGUUGGUAUCUGUGUAAGCUCGUUGAAGAAAGAAUGAAAGACUUUCUUUUGUGUUGCGCCAGGCGAAGAAUAAAUUUAGCUUUAACUGUGUUGAAUACCGCAUUUUUUUUAUUAUUUGUAAUGGACACGAAACUUCGUGUUCGAUUUGAGCAGAAUCAAAUGACAGUCUGGAGUUGUCUUUGUAAAUAAAAUAAAAAUUGUGUGUCUGUGAAUA